AUGCUCGCCCUUUUACCACUUAUCACAAACCUACAACUUCCUGGACCUACUGUAGAACAAAACAAUUCAAACAUAGAAAUGUCGCGAGGAAAAGCUGCUCACGAAGAAACCGAUACUCCAAAGAGAACUAGAACGCCUUGGUUAGAAGAAGCAACUGACGAAAACGAGAUUUAG